GGUAUAUGUCAAAAUACCCACGUCAGAAGUCAAAAGCAAAAACCUGUGUGCAAAAAUAUUUACAUUAUUAUUUAUUACAAUUAUUGCAGUUUGCACAUAGUUCAUACUUCAUAGUUCUUUUAAAACGUUCAGGUUUUACUCAAAUUCAGUAAUAUUAUAUAGUGAUUGCCAGUUCAGACCAUGUCUACUUCUGCUAAUGAGUCUGUACCUGGGUUAAAACAGAAAAAAGUGUUUAAAAUUAUUGUAUUGGGUGAUUCUGGAGUCGGAAAAACAUGUUUAACUUUUCGCUUUUGUGAAGGACAGUUUUUAGAUAAAUCAGAGGCAACUAUUGGCGUAGAUUUUAGAGAAAGAACAAUAAAGAUACGAAAUGAAGAUAUUAAGCUACAAUUAUGGGAUACAGCUGGUCAAGAACGUUUUCGUAAAUCGAUGGUGCAACAUUAUUACAGAAAUGUUCAUGCAGUUGUUAUUGUUUAUGAUAUCACCAAACCAGAAACAUUUCAUUCAAUAGCUAGUUGGAUGCAAGAGAUAGAAUCCCAUGGAUUGAUGGGUGCUCCUCGAGUCCUAGUUGGUAACAAGUGUGACUGUGGUACUCCAGAAUCACGGCUUGCCACCACAUAUGCUCAGCGAUUAGCUGAUAAAUAUGGGAUGCCUCUUUUCGAGACAUCAGCACUAUUGGAUUCUGAGUGUGAUAAUGUAGAGUCAAUAUUUAUGACAUUAGCACACAAAUUAUACUCAAAGCAGCCACUGCGAGUAAUAAGUGUAGAGGGUGAGCUGGGUCCUCGUAGAGUGACUCUAUCAAGACAAAAGCGUCCAAUGCGAAACGAUACAUGUUUAUGUAGCUAGUGAGUGAAAUUCAAGGUUUUGAAGGUACUAUUAAUGUAUUAUUACUGUAAUAACUGGUUUGAUGGCAGUAUUAAUCUAUAAUGUAUUAAUGUACCGUAAUAACACAUUUUGAUUAUGAUGAAUUGUAAACAUGUUUUCAUGGGUGAACUAUUGUAAAUUAUAAAAUUGCCAAAUGUUAUAGAAUAUAGUCUUGCCACAUGUGUUUAGAAGAGUCAUAGAAACGGUUUUAAAAUAGUUUUUAUAAGUGACAGAGAUUAUUUGUAUAUUUUUUUAGUAUUUUCAGAGGCUAGAGAUUUAAGUGAGUUAAUAAUAAACAAUAAAUAUUAUUGUGCCAAAUUGGUAUAUAAUUCUUGUAUAUUAUUAAGUAUUUAUAGAGUGGAUGAUGGAAUAAUUCCAAUGUCAAUAAAAAGAAAGGCAGCUCUUUGCAAAUAUUAGUAAGUUUAAAGUAUUGUUAGCAUUUCUGUGUUGUUAUAUUUUUAAGUAAUUCCAUAUUUAUUUGUAAAAAUUUAUUAACUUAAUAGUAUCAAUGAUUUGCGAGGAACCAGUGUUUUACAGUUUAUUUAAAUAUAACUAAGAACUUGUCUAAUAUAUGAUUUUUAUAUUAUUGCCCCCAAUUGUAUUUACGAUAAUCUUCAAUGGAAUUUUAUCGCAGUAUUAAAUAAAAAAAAUCUUUUUGUGUAACCACCAAAGUAAGAUAGUGUCUCACACAUGAUAAAAUGUCAUUGAAAAAUAUUUUUAGAAUAAAAUAAGACCAAUA